GGGGUUCGGGCCGGCGAUGCACCCCCGUCCGCCGCGCACUGGCCGCGCCGGGCUCGCGCCUCCCGCCCCGCGGCCCCGCCUCUUGCCCCACCCCAGCCGGGCGGCUUAGCUGCGGCCGCAGCGCGGCGGCAACAUCACUCUCGCCGCGGCUGCUCCGCCCCAUCCCCUUCUGUUUUUCUCUCUCAUUCUCCGGUGGCGGCGGCGGGGAAGGCGGAGGCGGAGGCAGCAGCAGCCGCGGUGCUGCAAUGAAUGAUCCUCCAGCUGGGGAGGAGGACUCCAGGUGAGCCUCUGCCCUUGGGAGGGCCGGGACCCCCGGCCGCCCCGGGACCCGCAGCCCCGGCCAUGGAUCCUUAGAGGGGGAGGAGGAAGAGGAGGAGGAGAAGACAGCUCUGCCGCCCACCCCCAUCCCAUUUUCCUCUUCCUUUAUCUCAUUGUUGCCGUAGCUGUUUACGGCCGGCUCCCUCUGCCCCAGCAUGGGGCGGGCUCCCGGCACUGCCCUUCAGCAGGCGCUGCUGCUGCGGCUGCCUCGGCUGCCCGGGGAUUCUGCCUAAUUCUCCCUGCCCAGCCGGUGCAGCGAGGACCGGAGAGCGGUGGAGGCCCGGACUGCAGCAGCGGCGGGGCCACCUCCCAGCAUCCCCACCCUAGGAGGUUGCAUGCGGAUUGAAGAGCGGCGCCUGGGGGCUGGGCCGGCCCCGCUGAUCCGGACCUAGGGAGGACAGCAGGACCGCCCAGGCUGACAGGGGGCCGAGGGAGCAGGAAGGACAGAGCAGCAAGAUGGCCAGUAAAACCAAGGCCAGCGAGGCCCUGAAGGUGGUGGCCCGGUGCCGCCCCCUCAGCCGGAAGGAGGAGGCUGCGGGUCACGAGCAGAUCCUGACCAUGGACGUGAAACUGGGCCAGGUGACCCUGCAGAACCCCCGCGCUGCCCCCGGGGAGCUGCCCAAGACCUUCACCUUUGAUGCCGUGUAUGAUGCCAGCUCCAAGCAGGCAGACUUAUAUGAUGAAACCGUGCGGCCCCUGGUAGACUCCGUGCUUCAGGGUUUCAAUGGCACGGUGUUUGCCUAUGGCCAGACUGGCACUGGCAAGACCUACACAAUGCAGGGAACCUGGGUGGAGCCCGAGCAGCGCGGGGUCAUCCCCAAUGCCUUUGAGCACAUCUUCACCCACAUCUCGCGCUCCCAGAACCAGCAGUAUCUCGUCCGGGCCUCCUACCUGGAAAUCUACCAGGAGGAGAUUCGAGACCUGCUCUCCAAGGAGCCCGGCAAGAGGCUGGAGCUGAAGGAGAACCCUGAGACUGGUGUCUACAUCAAGGACCUCUCCUCCUUCGUCACCAAGAAUGUCAAGGAGAUUGAGCAUGUGAUGAACCUAGGGAACCAGACCCGGGCAGUGGGCAGCACACACAUGAAUGAGGUCAGCUCCCGCUCCCAUGCCAUCUUCGUCAUCACGGUGGAGUGCAGUGAGCGUGGCUUGGACGGCCAGGACCACAUCCGUGUGGGCAAGCUCAACCUGGUGGACCUGGCUGGCAGUGAGAGGCAGAAUAAGGCAGGCCCCAACACAGCUGGAGGGACAGCCACACAGUCUACGGGUAGUGGCAGUGGUGGAGGCAGCAGUGGUGGUGGUGGUGGAGAGAGGCCUAAGGAAGCCUCCAAAAUCAACCUCUCACUGUCUGCCCUGGGCAAUGUGAUCGCUGCUCUGGCGGGCAACAGGAGCACCCACAUCCCCUACCGGGACUCCAAGCUGACCCGGCUGCUCCAGGACUCUCUGGGAGGGAACGCCAAGACCAUCAUGGUGGCCACCCUGGGGCCAGCUUCUCACAGCUAUGACGAGAGCCUUUCCACUCUGCGUUUCGCCAACCGGGCCAAGAACAUCAAGAACAAGCCCCGGGUGAAUGAGGACCCCAAGGACACGCUGCUGCGGGAAUUCCAGGAGGAGAUCGCCCGCCUGAAGGCCCAGCUGGAGAAGAGGGGGAUGCUGGGAAAACGGCUCCGGAGGAAGAGCAGCCGUAGGAAGAAGGCUGUGUCUGCUCCGGCCGGGUACCCUGAGGGGCCAGUGAUUGAGGCCUGGGUGGCUGAAGAGGAGGAUGACAACAACAACAACCACCGCCCGCCGCAGCCCAUCCUGGAGUCAGCCUUGGAUAAGAACAUGGAGAAUUACCUGCAGGAGCAGAAGGAGCGGCUGGAGGAGGAGAAGGCGGCCAUCCAGGAUGACCGCAGCCUGGUGAGCGAGGAGAAGCAGAAGCUGCUAGAAGAGAAGGAGAAGAUGCUGGAAGACCUGCGGCGGGAGCAGCAGGCCACAGAGCUGCUCGCAGCCAAGUACAAGGCCAUGGAAAGCAAGCUGCUCAUUGGGGGCAGAAACAUCAUGGAUCACACCAAUGAGCAGCAGAAGAUGUUGGAACUGAAGAGGCAGGAGAUUGCGGAGCAGAAACGCCGUGAGCGGGAAAUGCAGCAGGAGAUGCUGCUCCGAGAUGAGGAGACCAUGGAGCUCCGGGGCACCUACACGUCCCUGCAGCAGGAGGUGGAGGUCAAGACCAAGAAACUCAAGAAGCUCUACGCCAAGCUGCAGGCGGUGAAGGCGGAGAUCCAGGACCAGCAUGAUGAGUACAUCCGCGUGCGGCAGGACCUGGAGGAGGCGCAGAAUGAGCAGACCCGGGAACUCAAGCUCAAGUACCUAAUCAUCGAGAACUUCAUUCCCCCUGAGGAGAAGAACAAGAUCAUGAACCGGCUUUUCCUGGACUGUGAGGAGGAGCAGUGGAAGUUCCAGCCACUCGUGUCAGCUGGAGCCCCUUAGGUACAGUUUGUGUCCAUUGGCUGAGUGUGCAGCUCCCUCUGCUGGUGGCCAUGAAGAAGACGACCAGCCAUUCAAGCCCAACAGAGUGACUGCCUCACCCAGCAGGACCUCUCUGUCCCUUAACUGAAAAUCUGUAUACAGAGGUGUUUAGGAGGCCAGAUACCUGUGCCUUCCCCAGAGAUUCUUUGCUCUCUCUAUCCUAGGAAGGUAGAGCAGGAGUCUUCCCAAAGCUGGGGUGGGAAGCUAGCUGUGGAGGUCCACAGCUUCUUACUGGAACAUCAGAUGCCAACUUAAUCUGUCUACUUUUUGAAAGGCUGAUCCUAGCCAAGGUGACACUACACAGACUUGUAAGUGGCAAGUUGAUGAGUAAAAGACUUUUCAGUGGUGUCACCUUGGACUUACAAUCCACCUUUCCCAUCUAGGUAGAGACCUGCGGUAGUAUAGCGUCUAAUGUAGAGAGUCUCCACCCUGGCCACAGCUAGAAUCACCUGUCACUUUGGCUCCAGAGAGUCUGAUUUAAAGGGUCUUGGGUGGAUCCUAGGACUUAAUUUUUUUUUCCCAAAGCUUCCAGGUUUGCAAGCCAGGCUUGCAAACCACUACUCCAGUGCCCUCUGCUGGAGAGGGAUGCUGGUGAGACCUCUGCUCUGUAGAGUUGUUUUGCGCUUAGAAAAGUUCUUGAGUUGAAAGUUUGCAGGUGGAGGAAUUUCUUUACAUUGGAUAGAGAUGGGAUGAAAGAGGCUCUGAGAAGGCAUGUGGUUUUUUUUUUUUUAACAUUUUAUUUUGAAAAAGGAGAAUUGCAAGAAUAGUACAAAGAAUUCCCAUAUACCCUUCAGCAAAAUUCACCAAUUGUUAGUAUUUUGCCACAUCUUGCUUUAUUAAUUCCCCACUCCCAACCAUUUAAGUUACAGACAUCCUGACCCUUUACCUGUGUUUCCUAAGAAUGAGAACAUUCUCUUACGUAACCAUAGUACAAUGAUUAAAAUUCAGGAAAUUUUAUAUUGACACAAUACUAUUACAUAGGCAAAAUUCAAUUUUAGCCAGUCCUUUCUGGCAAUUUCCUUCCUCACCCCACCAACUGAGAUCAUACACUGCAUUUUCAUGCCUGUUUAGUCUCCUUUAAUCUGGAAAUGAGAAGGGAUCUUAAUUUGAGUUUUGCAGUUUUAUGCUUCAGAAGAGGUUGUUCAUUUCUCAAAACAUCGUCCCUGCAGUUUUGACUUGACUGCCUAAGCACACGAUCCAGACUUUAGAGCAUGGCGAGUGCUUUGCCUGAAGCUAAGAUGAGCUUUCUGCUUAAUGAUUAUGAAUUUCCAUUCUUUAUUUCUGUUUUUUUUGUUGUUGUUUACUUUCUUCCUUUUAAAUAACUUUUAAAUUAAAUAACCUUUUAAAUAACUUCUCUUUUUUUUUGCAAAAAUAAAAUGGUUUGCAUACACUGAAAAACUAUUCACAGAUUUUUAAAAUUAAAACAGCUGUCUUAAAAAAGCACACUUUAGGGCCGGCCCGUGGCUUAGUGGUUAAGUGUGCGCGCUCCGCUGCUGGCUGCCCGGGUUCGGAUCCGGGCGUGCACUGACGCACUGCUUCUCCGGCCAUGCUGAGGCCGCAUCCCACAUACAGCAACUAGAAAGAUGUGCAACUAUGACAUACAACUAUCUACUGGGGCUUU